AUGUUUGCCAAUUUGAAAAAAAAUAAUACCUUCAAAUCGACGAUCGGCUACUAGCCUCUAGAGCCUGAGGAACUUUACUCAACUCCUGAGCAAUUCCUUGAGAGUAUCACCUAAAAGAUCAAUGUUUUUGAGGCUGUGUACAAAUGCUUGAACGUGCACGUACUUCCAGUAACAUCUAUUGAAGAUGAGUACGUGAUUAUUGUAUUUGAAAUCAUGAGUGAGAAGCUCAAAAGUUUUUACGGAGGUCAGUUCUUGCUGCAGUAAUGGUCUAAAAAGCAAAAGAUAUUUUAGGCCGUACAUCAAGAUUAACCAAACCACUUCUUCUUGACUUAACAGAGAUUCAUCUAUUCUUUGAAAGGACAUAAUGAGGAGAGUAAAUAUCUCUAUGUGUCAAACUUCUAUCAGAGCAUAUUCCAAAAGAUAAACAAUCCAUUUAGCUCAGGAGAUAACAUUGAUGGUAUCCACGAAAGAGCUGUAUAUGUGGACCCUAAGUAGGUAAUUAUCACAGAUGGUCAUAAAAUCAUGUGGGCUUCUCUGAAGAUAGAGAGUAUCUUAACUACUAAUAGUCCAAUCAAGCAAUAAUUAGGUAGUAAAAUGAACCAAGAGUACGAUGCAAUUGAAGAAGAAGGAGAAGAGAAAGAGAUUAAAGAGUUGCAAUUACUUGUACAAGAGCUUGACUAUGUAAGUGUCUUUGAUAACUGCAACUAUGAUGAUGAUCUUGAAGAUAUCAAAUAAGUCUUUGAUAUUUCAAAUGAAGGAUUCCUCAGAAAAGAGGUUCACAUUGUUCUUGAAACUGAGGUCAACAUCAGAGUCAUGAAACUCAACCCAGUAAAAGUAGGAAAUAACCCUUAGAACUUUGAUUUGAUUGAGUAACUUCAAUUUACAAAACAAUUCGCUGAAGUCAGCAUAUCUGAGGAGAUCUCUACAAUUACUCUUGAAAACUAUGCUGAUGAGGAGAACCUUCUAGUUAUCGUAAAGACAUCUGGAGAGUGCAAGAUUAUGUCAAGAGAUAUUCAGUAAAUGAUGAUCGACUAUCAAAAUUCAAUCAGACAAGGAGUAGAAGAAGAAGAAUCUAGUGAUGAUGAGGAAGAACUAAAGAGAAUGGCUGAAUUAGAAGAGAGGAAAAAGAAGCUUUGCUAUAGACUCACAAAAUACUGUAAAGGGGAAGAGGAAGUUAUCUAGACAAAAAGAAAGCAAAAAUUACCCUCUGGGAAUCAAGCAUUAGAAGCUGUAAAGAAUUUCGUGUUCAGAGAUCUCAAACAAAAUUACUUCAAAGUUAAUAGAUACUUUGUCAGAAGAUAGUAGAUUUAUUUCGAAAAUGCUUAUGGAGAAAUCAAGAGAACAAAUAUUGCCUAGAUAAAAAAUACUGAUGGAACUCUCAUUGGUUAAGCGCUUAAUUACUCUUAUGAAGUAUCCUUAAUCUAAGAUAUGACUCUUCACUUGAAUACUUUCAAUGACUUCUUGAUCGCUAACACUACCUUGAUUAUUAGUCAUUCAAAAGUGCUCAGCAUCUAUGACUUCUUGACUAAGUAAUGGACUCACAUGCUUCCUCAUGAACAAGGAAACUUAAACCAGAGCUCACAAACUUACUUUGGCAUGCCAGAUGAUGAAAUUGAUUCUCUGUUACUGAAUUUCAUCUUUUCUAAUAGUAUCUAUGACUGCAUUAUCAUAUAUCGAGGCAAGUUCAUUCAUAGACUCAAGUACUACAAUGAACUCGAUAAAACUUACUUUGAAAAGGGCAAGGUCUUUGUUAAUUAGAAUGUCCUCUAGGUCUAGAGAAAUGUUGACGUGAGGAACUACAGACAAUACGGAGACUCAACUAUUAGAACUUUGUUUAUGAUUGAGAACACUUAUAACCAAAUUCAGCAAAUUUGGGUAUCUGAAAACGGAAGCAGAAUCACUAAACUAGUUGAUUUAAUACCUGUUACAUUCUAAUGGUAACUAGUCGAAAUCCCUAAUGCCAGAAGUGAUAUGCUUAUCAUCUAUUCUAAAACUGAAAAAUAAAUGACAAUUUACAAUAUCUCAAAUGCUAAGCAAUGCCUAUAUCCAGCACAGCUUUAAAAGUAUCAAAUUUAAAAAUUGGAGGAUCAAGAAUAUGACCAAUCAUCCAAGAUCUAAUACUUUAUCUUCAAUGAUAAGCUAUAUUACUAAUAAGAUGGAAAUUUAAUGGUUUUGAAUCUUAAAAUGAAAUAAAAUGCACUACAAGUAAUUAACUUCAACAAGACUAUCAAAGAGAUAUAUAUGACUCAUGAGGAAUCAGUCUAUUAUAAGGAUAAGAACAACAUUUUCAGAUUUGUAUCUCUAGAAAUACAAAGAGAAUUAAAUCUUGAGACUUAACCUACUGAAGUUUUUAAUUGCAGAGGAGCAUUUUGCUCUAAGUUAGAAUAUAGUAUCACUACAAACAGAAUCGCUUUGUUCACUUCAUCAUUUGAAAUAUCAAUUAUCCCCUUGCUUGACAGAUAUAGAAUCGAUCUAAUGGCCUCAUAAGAUUUUGAUGCAAAUUUCUUAUGUUGGAAAGAAAUUGGGAACUAAUUGAUAGCUUUGAAAAAACCAAAUAUUCUAGUCACUUGGAACACUGAUACUGGAAAGAUCAUUAACUAUCAUGUUCUUGAAGAUCAGAUUUUCGGAAAAUACAUGAGACACACAGAGUGGAACGGUUAAGUUUUACUUAAGUUGCAAAAAUAAGUUGAAAUCAAGAGGUAAUCAAGGUAGAAAGUUGAUAGUCCAAAUGAUUCAAUGUUGAGCUACAAUUUCGAUGAUGACAAUGAAAGUGAAAAGGCAAACGACGAGAAGAUUAAGUUAAGCACCAAAACAGGCAAAGAUCUUCAUACCUAUUAGCUCAUAGAAAUCAUAUCACCUUAUGAAGUUGCAGAGCAUUGCACCAUAUAGUUUCCUUUCAAGAAUGGAGUAAAUCUUUACAUUAGUCUGCCAUAUCUGCUUGUAAUGGACGAGCAAUGUACCAAAAUGUAUCUGCUUGAAGGUAGAUUUUAGUAAAAAACCUACAGAUUAAUGCAUUAGUUCUAUGAACAGCAGAUGAAGCUUGGAAAACCUAUGUACUUCUCACCUAAUUUCCAUCAUAGGAUAUUUAUUGAUCCAUCAACUAAGGAGAUUGUACUUAACUUUACUCUGACCAAUGCCAACAUUUAAAGUCUGCCUAUUAGGAAACAGCUUUUAUUCUAGAUUGAAAAGACCCAUCCGAUGAUAUAUUUCCAUGACAAUGAUCAUAUCGUUUACUUGACUAUUCAUGGAGUAGAAAAGCUCUUUAAUUUCAGAUCUGUCGUUGGCACCAGAAGAAGAAAUCACAUGUGUGAAUUAGUUGAAGUUGGAAAUAUAUUCUACAAUGAGAAAUCAUUCAUUAGAAGAUUCAUUUUAGAUCCCUUGAAUUUCAACGUCACCUAAGCGUCUCAAAUGGAAUCAUCUGAGAUUUUGAAAUUCAGAGGGGAUGUCAUUAAGAGGGAUUUACAUCUAAAUGUAUAUAGGACAUCUUUGAGUGAUAAUAAACACUUUGAAAUCAGCAGAUUCUUGAAAGAUAAAAACACAAGUCUUUUCAGUCACUUUAUUAUCAAUAACUACAGACAAUAAUUGACCUUCAGUUAUUUGAACUGGAAAAUAUUGAACAUGCUAUCCGAAAAGAAGAUUCAUCUUAAAGAUCUAAGUACUAAGUAUGUAUGCGAGCUUGCAUUUACAGUUCUUCCUUACAACAAAAAUAUCUAUCAUAUUCUUGGAAGAGAUUAUGAGGUCUUAGAUUAAUUCAUUGAUUAUAUCGUCACAAAGACAAUAAAAGCAGGUGAUCCAAACGUUGACAAUGAAGAAAUUGAAUUGAAUGAAGAUAUAGAGUUGACUGAGAUUCUGUUUAUUCCAGACUUGGAUUGUAAGACUCCAUUGCAUGAAUCUGUAGAAACAAAUAAUACUCGAGUGACUGACAGAUUCGUACAAGCGCUAAUGCUUACUGACUUUGAUCAUCACUCCAGAUUCCUUCUCAAUAUUUACCCAGAUUUGAUUGGCUAAGUGCCUUAAAGAAUGUCUACUUACUUAGAUAGCAGACUGAAAAUACCCUCAUGGAUUAGUGAUUAUACCCGUGGUAGAAUUGAAACAGGUGAUGAUUGUGACUUCGUAAUGACUGCUGAUAAGAUGUGGUUUGAAAAUCUUGACGCUAGUCUAUAGAGUAAGUUGUAUAAACCUGAAGUACUUGAAGUCCCACUUAAUAUGGAACUAUUAGACCUUCCGCAUUUGCACAAAUAUGAGAAUAAUGUUGCAGAUGAAUUCCUAGAAGCAUUAGCUGAUACAGAUUGUAUUGAAAUAUUCUCUAAUAAAUCCAUCCAAGCCUUGAUUGAGAUUAAAUGGCCCCUUGUCAAAGCCGGAAUCAAGAAAUACUUAUUCUAUCCCUAUUUGGUAUUCUUGCUGUCAUUCUUAUACUAUACUGUGUAUAUCUUUGAAGUAUUCCAUGAGAAAAGCGAGAAUGCAGAAGAAGGUAAAGACGAAAAGAAUAAAACUUCUGAUGCAAACACUACUACCCCUGCUGCUACUUUACUUUUUGAAGCAGGCUCUUAAUUAAUAGGAAGUAUAGAGGAUCUAGACUAGUUUAAAGACCCGCAAUUCUGGCUAAGUAAAGAAAAGAUGAUUGUCAAAAUCAUUGUCUAGUUAUUCACCUUCUAUUUCUUUGCACUUGAGGUUAGACAAAUGUUCGUUUAGAGUUUAGGCAAAUAUUUAGGCAAUCCUUGGAACUACCUAGAUGUUAUUCCUCUUGUACUUAUCUCUUUCUCCAUCCAGUUUGAAAAUCUCGGAUUAGAACCAAUUUACGAGAGACCUUUAAAUGCUGUUGCUUGUUUCUUUAUGUGGAUCAAAUUCUUAUAUUUCUGGAGAAUCUUUAGAUAGACAUCUAAGUUCAUUAGCAUGAUUGUUGCAAUUAUUGGUGAUCUUAGAGUUUUCAUGGUUGUAUUCAUAGUAACAUUGACAGCAUUUGGAAAUUCUAUGUAUAUAAUGUCAAAUAUGAAUCCAAUUUGUGAUGCAAAAUGCGAAUUAAUUGAUGAGAAAUUGAGAGAACCAGGUAGAUUCAUUUCAAGUUUAUUAGACUCUGUAUUCUUCGCAUAUAGAAUGAGUUUGGGAGACUUUGACACUGAAGACCUCGGUAGUGUUUAUGUUUUAUUGGCUCUUAUUGCAUUCAUAUUUGCUACUCUCUUCUUGACAAUUAUGAUGCUUAACAUUUUGGUUGCUGUUAUUUCAGAUUCAUAUGCCAGGGUCGAAAGCACCAGUAUUGAAGAGAUGUACAAGAAUUUUGCAGAUUUGAUAUCUGAAAACGAGUAUCUUGUUUAUCAAAAGAAACUUAAAGAGCAUGAUUAGAUGGGAGACUAUCUAUAUAUUGCAAAGGUGGAUAAGAAUGAUGAUGCUGACGGAGAAGCAUGGGAAAGUAAACUAAAUGGAGUAAAAGAAGUUUUGAUUAAGAAGACAGAGAAUAUCGAAAAAGUCAUUAUUGCCGCAUAGAGAACUUUAAUUGACUAAGUUCAAGUCAAUUAAGAUUCCUUCAACCAUAUUCUUAAAGAGAAUAAUACCAAGAAUGAUUAAAGGCUCUAGACAUUUUAUAGAAAACUUGAUCCAUCGGCAGGGGGUAUGAAGAAACUUGGCAGAAAGGAUUCUUAAUCAUCAUUAAGCGCAUUUAAGAUUCCAGAUGAAGAGAAGAAAGCUCAUGAAAUUGGACUUGGAAAGGUUGGAUCAAGAUUCGCCAAGGGCUUGUCAUAAGGCCUGCAAAAUAUCCAAAACUAAUCAAAGAGAAACACUUUAGUUGGUAAAGGUCCUGGCAAUAACGAUGAUAACCAGAAUCAAAAUUGA